GUUUGUGAUGAUUGCGUUUUGCAAAAUCGAUUUACGCUUUUCUGUAUUUUAGCUGUCGUGCAAAUUACAGUCUGCUUAUGUGAUUAUGGAUGACGUAGAAGAUGCUUUCGUUUUCGUUUAUGAUCGCAGAAGGGGCAAAAAUGAAGAGAGGCGAAAAAUUCACAUUGGUGGUGUGUUUUCUUUCGACGUGUUCUUGGAAAAAGUUUUAGAUGUGUUUGACCUUGCUUCUGAUGAUGAGUUUAUUGUAACAACAACUGGACGAGAAGAAAUAAAUGAUGACGAUACUUUCGUGACACUUAUUGAGAGUGGGGACACGUUAUAUUUACUACAAUAUGUAGACCAGCCAUUAGAGGCACCUGUUGCAGAACACAUCGAGUACCAGCCUCAUUAUGAUACUUUAAUCAAAAGUGGAAUAUACGAGUAUUAUGCAAGUGAAGGCAACAUGAACCCAUUACCUUUUGCAUUCGCUGAGCUAAUAGACAAUGCUUUGGCUGCUACAGCCAGGAAUGUUGGUCCACGAAUAAUUGAAUUAAGUUUGCAUUUUAACACCUCAACUGCCGAGCAUAUGCUAUGCGUAUAUGACAACGGACAAGGCAUGUCAUCUCGACAACUCAACAAUUGGGCGAUUUAUCGACUUUCGAAAUUUAAUCGUAAAGAUCGAAGGGAUAUUGGAGAGCAUAUCCCAUAUCAUGAUGAUGAAAACUUAGCUACCCCAAAAUCGCUCAACAGCGACAUCUCCUGGUUCGGUGUUGGUGGAAAACAAGCAAUAUUUUUCAUCGGAAAUUCAACACGGAUAAUAACAAAACAAAGAAAUUCGUGCGACGUGCAUGAGUUCACAAUGUCCAAAAAUGAAUUCAAAAGAAAGGAGAAAAACAAGGAAGCAAUUUUCGCUGGCUACAUUCGGAAUAGAACGUUUGGAGACAGUUCACACAUCGCACAUUCGGAUGAUGUUAUUCGGGAUUUUAUUAACUCGGAAAAUGAUGAUAGUUUUACUCGUGUCAUCGUGUCUGGUAUAUCGGAACAUCACACGCAUUUCAUGAAGCAUGGAUUUGAUAUAUGGAAUAGACAACUUGCACACAUAUACCAUUACUAUAUACAUGGGCCCGAAGGCAACACAUCGAUGUCAAGAAACAGGAAAAAUAUUGGGGUUUCUGAUGUUAAUAUUUUGGUCACUCUGCACGAAAACGGGCAGAAAAUUUUGUCGACGAACCUUCGUGAUAUAGAAGAUGACCUCGAGACGAAAUACAUUCGGACCUCCGCGAAUACUUUUGAGUUUGUUGCCAAAUCUGAUGGAGAAAAUGGUGGCAUAGUGGAGGGAAUGAUCAGAUAUCAUCCAUUCUUAUAUGACAGAGAGACUUAUCCUAUUGACAGCACUCAAGAAUCAAGCGCAGAGUAUGACGGGACAGGGGAACCCCCGGGAAGGGGAAGACGGCCCAUAUUCGAAUGUUACUGGAACGGUAGACUAAUUCCAUACACUUUUAUUGAUGAUUUUGAUUGGUGCAAGAUACCACGCAAACAAGCAGCAUUACUGGGUGAUUGUUUUUAUCGAAUUUCUGGUUGUCUGUUUUCCAAUGAUAAAUUUCAGGUAAGCACCAACAAACUGACUUUUAUUGACUUGGACUCGAAACUAAAAGACAGAAACACGACAUUCAACCACAUGGUGUUAGGUGAGGAACAAAACGGACAAAUUAAUCGGCAUUUCGUUGACUGGUUGAAAGAAUGUCACGAAAAACAUGAUAAACAGGUGAAGUUUUUAAAACAUGUUUCUGUUGUAAUGAAAAACGAUGGCACACAUAAAUCUAAACAUACACUGUAUAAAGCUAUAGAGUGGGAAGGGAGGGUCUUUAGUAAAGGACAAUUGGUACGAACGCAAAGAACCGUUCCAGUUAUUUGCGGAACGAUUCGUAAGUUUUUACUUCCUGGUGAGUAUGAUGGAGAUGUAUAUUCAGUUGGUGGAGAAUUUGAACUUAUUCAGGAACCACAAGCGUUAUACGGAGAAAUUCGCUGCUUUCCGUUGUCGAAAUUGGAUCGCAACGUUUCGGUUGAAAUUGUUCAAGACCUUGUUCAACGAGAGGAAGGGAAGCUCCCUGCUACAAUUGAAGUUGAAUGGCCUGACAACGAUGAGGUGACUGAAGGUCAAGUUUCGUUUGCUGGGGUUAAUAUAGGUGCAAUGCAAGCCGUUAUUCUCAACCAGGAUGACGAACCAAUCCACAAACUGUUUUCGAACAACGAGACUCGAAAACUUCUCGUCGAACAAAGGGUUUAUCUAUCCCCCCCUAGUGGAGAAAUGUCCGUACAAGUCUCAAGUCAUGUGACGUCCCACUCAAAAAAUGGCGACUAUUAUUUUGAAAGAAUAGAAAACCUAAAAGCUCCCGGCAACUAUAGCGUUACUAUACAAGCAGCAUUAGAUGAGAGUGGGGUGUAUGUAUACGGUGACGGUCGUAAGUUGCCAUCGCUGACAAUUAAUUUCUGUAUACAGGAAUCUCCACCACACAGGUUUAUGGUGGGCAUUUUGGAAUCGCCUUUGAGAAUAGGUUGUCCAUUUGACCUACCAUUAGACAUGCAAGAUGAUAAUGGACAUUCUACAAGACCUACUUUUGAAGUGGAUCCUAUACUAGAGUCAAACGGUUUAGAAUUAUCUUACGAUUCUACAGAGAUAAAAGGAAAUUCUCUCGUCAUAAAAGACGUUGUUGCUAUUGGCGAUGUUAUGUCUCAACAGGGCAAGAAUUUUCAAAUGAAAGUGAUUGUACCUGGUCUUGCAUUGGAAUCUCAAACACUGAAGAUACGUUUACUGCCCGGUGACCCCCAUUCACUUGCUAUAACUUCAUUUAAUGAUGGAUUUGAAGAAAUUCAAUUUGAACAAGGUACAACUGAACUACCAGAAUUUCUCACUUUUGAAAAUUCUUCGAAUAUUUCUCUAAAUGUUGGUGUUGUUGAUAUCGCUGGCAACCUGACAUUAAAACCACGUCUUACUGUGCAAUGCAAGUUUUCUGGAUCACCUGGUUUACCAACCUGGACUUGCAACUGCUCCAACACUGGUUAUGGUGUAAUUGGUGGAAAAAUUAAACUGAAACAUUUAAAAAGUGAGAAAAAAAUUCAAGCUAAGAUUGAAGUACAGGGCUCUAAAGAGAUCACAGCGUUGCAACAAAAAUUCAUUUUAAAACCUUCGUCAAAAAUUUGUUUUUUGAACGUUUUUUAUAAAAAACCUUCAGCAGCAAACAACGAAAAAGUCGAGAAACUAAAGCGAGGUCAAGACAUGUAUUUUGAAGCUGGUGAAACGAUGCAAAAUAUAUCGUUCCAACUUCUAGAUGAAGCAAAACGCAGUGUACCUAUUGAUGUAUCUAAACAUGCUUCGAAUAUACAGGUAAACUGGACAGAUGAAAUUUCCAGCUCAGAUUUGGAAAACGGUUUCUUACCAGACGUAUUUAUUCCAACUAAUGUAUCGGACACAAGGUUUUGUCAAGUUACUUACCUUGGAGAAAAGAACGUUCAUUUUUCUUUCAAUAUAAAGCCAAUAGCAGGGCAACCAGCUGGAAUAAAAGUUACGAUUCAUGGAAGUCGUGAAACUCGAAUUGGUAUGAUACGAAGGGAGCCCAUCUCGAUUUCACUACUUGAUAGUUUCAGUAACCAGCUUAAUAUAGCCCCGAACCAACUUGGUUUGGUUAGUGUUAAAGCAGAAGGCUUGGACGAGUCUAUUCUAUCAAAGUAUAUAGAGGGCAAAUGUGUUGUGGUCAGUGACAUUCAGUUUAAUCAGGGGCCUCUUGGUAGCAAGGAGCUAGUUAUUUCUUAUGGAUCUGAUAUACAAGAAUAUGCUGUGCUACAACUUGUAGCUGGUACGCCAGUCACAUUACAAGUAAAAGCGUGGGGCGACGACCCACUGCCUGUGUUAAGUGGGACCCGAAUUCGGGACCCAAUCUCAGUUCAGCUGCUGGAUGGUUGGGGAAACCCCUCACCUGAGAAUGGGGUCAAAGUUUUACUGGGUAAGGACCCGGGUUUGAAGCUCACCCCUUCGGCUGGGGUCUUGAAAACAAACGAUGACGGAUUUGUUUCGUUUCAAAAAUUCUCUUUCUCAGGCAAAUGUGGCGAAUUCUGGCUUCAGCCGCGUGCAAUUUAUAACCGUAGGGCAAUGGAAGGUCGCAAAUUGUUUAUAUCUCUUCUCCCGAACACAGAAACUCCCGUUUCGAUACAAUAUCAAAAAAGUGGGCAAGAAACUACUGUUACAGUUGGUACCCCUUGGCCAGAAUAUGACGUCGAUAUUUUAUCUGAAGAAGAAACAAGGGUGACAACAUCGGUUAACUUAUGUAUGGUCAUUUGGAAAGGUAAAACAAAAAACGAUGAAAUCUCCUCAAAUGCAGAGUGGCACCGUGCCGUGGCAUCUAAUGGACACCAUAGUUUUCAUGGCAUCAAGUCACCAACAAAAGUUGGUGAAUAUUGUUGUGUUUUUUGCGUUACAGAGAAUCUUGCUUCAAAAACUGCAGUUCUCACAAGUGAAGUUUUUACCAUGAAGACAGUAGCAGGUGUUCCAAAAUGCUUACUUCCAAGUUCUGAACCAGGAACACCAACAGUAUCAAACGCACAUGUUGCUGUAAAUAGAAUUCUAAUUCGGAAUCUCAAACUCCAAUUAAUGGACGGAAUGGGAAACUUGUGCAAUGACGACAUAAAGUCUAAUAUCUCCGUUACAAUACAGCCCUGUGAUCAGACAUUAAAGUGUAGCGAAACCCCCAUGUUUGUGGGAAAUGCUUCGAGACUGUUUGUUCCAAUUCGUAAAGGAGAGGCUUUACUGCAGAAUCUAACAUUGCAAGAGAAUUCACCCGGCAUAGACGGCUCACAAUAUAUUCUACAUUGCGAGAUACAAAACGAUGAAAGGAACAUACAACCGUAUAUGUUAAAGUUCUUAUUUUAUAACGAUGCGAAAAAAUACGCUCAAAUGAGUGAAUUAGUUCAGCAAAGAGACGUUUUAUUACACGCUGUAAAAAUGUACGAAGAAACUUUCUCUGCACACAAAACAUUGUUUGAUGAGAUAAAACAAGGGUGUGCAGAAGCUGAUAAGAAAAAAACGAAUUUAAUUCGCGACCUGCAAAAGUUGGGGUUAUCUAUCUCAAGUUCGUGCCAGUCAUGUGACAUUUCGCAGUUGAUCGAACACUGCUCGUUGAGGCGUAACAGCCUAAUGCACGACGAUAAAAGAAAAUGUUUAUUGCCGGAAUACCAGGAUGCUAGUAGUGAAGUUUUGGGCAAGAUUGGUCACCUAGCAUUAAUCUCAGAUGACGACGCAGCGUGUGUAUUAUCGUGGCAUAUGUCCGCUGAUAUGGAUUGUCUUGUUACUUUCACAACUAAAAAGGCAAGAGAAAUCCACAAACUAUCUGACGGCAGACAGCAAGUUUUACCUUUAGACAGUAUCUAUAAAAAAAAUCUUUCCGACUGGAAAAAACAACUGCCGCAUGUAAAAGCAAGAAUUUCUCAGGACCAAGUAACUGGAAACCCAAUUUUUGCGCGAAAACUUUUGAAUUUCCAAAAAGACCAAGUCAACUGUAGAAUGAUUUUCACGAUGCUUCUGGGCGAUACUAUUCUUAUAGAUGACUUAGAUUCUGCUAAUCAAUACAGAAACAUGGUGGUAAAGCACACGCACUGUCCAACGAUUUUAACCCGCAAUGGUCACCGGAUUCGUAGCAAUGGAAAAUUUGGUGGUAACCAAAACCGAGCACCAGCUGUCGAGAAACUUCGGGGCAUGGUGUUCGGUGCUCCAAUGUCAGAAGAAUAUGCAACAUGUGUUAAACAAAUUGAAAUUCUGGAAAACAUUAAGUCCGUUAUCGAAGAAAUUCAUUCGUCACAGGAGGAGCUAGAGAGUCUACAACUUGAAACGGACGAAAUGAAAUUUAAAGAGCAGGAACACAAGGAGGCACAAGAGAGGCUAAACGCAAUCGAAAAGAAAAUAGGUUUCCACAACCCACAACGAAGAAGUUUACCUGAAUCUACACGGCAAACCAGAAAAAGAUUCAAAAAAUCGUAAAAAAAUUUUGACGCUUAAAUUUUCAUGCUCAUUUUGUAGCAAAUUUUCACACUAAAUAUUUAGUUCGAAGGUAAAAGAAAGUUUGCAUUUUUAAUCAAUUGAUGCUUUUUGUAUUUUGUUUUCAGUUACAGCUAUAUUUUACACAAUUUUGGUUUUAAUUUGGUAAUUAGGAAAAAACUAUAUAUUUGUGUGCUUUUUACGCCAACAAUCAUUGUUCUUGAAAUUCUUUUUUAUUCUUUAAUAUAAAAAUUAUAAAACUCA